CCGCGCCCCCCCAACAACUCCCUCCGCACCCACGGCCCUGUACCCAUCCUCGCGGCCGCACAAUAGAUGGUGGACUCGUGCGAUUGUCGCGUAUGAGCUAGUCGUUUCGCCAUGAGCGCGAUACUCACGGACCGCCAGGCCGAGGAGCUGCACAAGGCCAUCGUGGCCUAUCUGGGCGUCAUCAAUGCCCCCAAGACGGCCGACGCCUUCCGGGAAGAGGCCAACAUCUCCGACAACUUCGACGAGGCCACGCGGAAAAAGUACGAGGGGCUGCUGGAGAAGAAGUGGACCAGCGUCGUCCGCCUGCAGAAGAAGGUGCUGGAACUCGAGCAGCGCAACCAGAGCCUCCAGAGCGAACUCGACUCGACCACACCGACCUCUCUCCUCCGCCGCAACCAGGACCCCGCCAGCUGGCUGCCCCGGGCCCCCGCGCGCCACACGCUGCAGUCGCAUCGCUCCCCCAUAACAUGCGUGGCCUUCCACCCCAUCUUCUCGUCGCUCGCCUCGGGCUCCGAAGACACGACCAUCAAGAUCUGGGACUGGGAGCUGGGCGAGCUCGAACGCACCGUCAAGGGACACACCAAAGGCGUGCUGGACGUCGACUUUGGCGGCCCACGGGGCGGCACGCUCCUGGCUUCCUGCUCGAGCGACCUGACCAUCAAACUCUGGGACCCUUCGGACGAGUACAAGAACAUCAGGACACUGCCCGGCCACGACCACUCCGUCUCCGCCAUCCGCUUCAUACCCAGUGGCGCAGCAGGCUCGCCGUCGUCGGGCAACCUUCUCGUUUCCGCAUCCCGAGACAAGACAUUGCGCAUAUGGGACGUGACGACGGGAUAUUGUGUAAAGACAAUCAGGGGACAUGCCGACUGGGUGCGCGACGUUGCGCCGAGCAUUGACGGAAGAUGGCUGCUAUCUGCGGGCAACGACCAGACUGCUCGCCUGUGGGACGCAAGCUCGGGCGAACCAAAAUGCACCUUUAUAGGUCACGAGCAUGUAAUCGAGUGCGUCACAAUAGCGCCCCCAGUCUCAUACGCCAAUCUCGCGGCCCUGGCCGGUCUCAAGAAACCACCGCCACUGAGCAGUUCGGCCGAGUACAUUGCAACGGGGUCGAGAGAUAAGACGAUAAAAAUAUGGGAUGGCCGAGGAACGCUAAUCAAAACCCUUACCGGCCACGACAACUGGAUACGCGCGCUGGUCUUCCACCCCGGUGGAAAGUACCUCCUAUCGGCUAGCGACGACAAGACGAUCCGAUGCUGGGAUCUCACACAAGAAGGGCGAUGCGUCAAGACGGUCACCGAUGCACAUGGUCACUUUGUCAGUUGCAUGCGAUGGGCGCCAAACGUGGUCAAGGAUGUGCCGGUCAAUGGAGAGGCGCCCAAUGGCACAUCAAAUGGUAUUAGCAAGAAGAGCGAGGAGGAGGCCGCCAAGGCAGGCAUACGGUGUGUCAUUGCGACGGGAUGCGUUGACCUCAAUGUUCGCAUUUUUGCGUCAUGAAACAAGACGACAUAAUUUUUCUACCAGUUUGCAGCCUUGUCAGCUUCCUGUGCCUUCCAUAUCAAGAGUUGGAUGUACAGACGGAGGUGCGCCACGCCCUUGCACGCACGAUACUUUACGACUCUCAGAUCUUACGACUUCAUGUACAUACACGAGUUACGCGACAGCAUCUUCCCGCGUCAUGGAACGGCGCUCGUAGAUCGAGAGGACAUGAACAUGGGGUUGACGUGAAAGGAGGGAGAGAGGGGAUGAUAGAGUAACGAGGAAAUAUCCGCUUAGUAUGCCAUGAUAGCUCAG